AGAAAGUUAAUGGCAGGGGGAACGAGAUUCUCUUCUCUUCUCGCUUCAGGAGAGUUUCGGGAUUUUCUGAAGUAAAAACACCAUAAUUUAUAAACAAAUACAAACCCGAAAGAAGUUUAAGGCAAUAUUGUUACUCUUAAUAAACAUAUUAUUUAGAUAAGUAUGCAGGAUGCAGUAGCCGGGACAGCAAUGCUGACAGACGGCUUCGAGGACGAGAUUGACUCGGUGACUCCGCGCUCCCCUGCGGUAGGGAUGGGGGUAGGUGCCACACCAGGAGCCGGACUCGGGGGCAUAGGGAUUGGUGUCGGCGGAAAAAAAGUCCGGUUGUUUGGCGACUCCGGUGGGGCCACUGCAGACAGGCUGGAUUUUAAACUGGCCGCAGCAGCAGUGCUUUCCUCUGGUCCGGGAUCUGGCAGCGACGAAGACGAGGUCUCAGAGGUGGAGUCUUUCAUACUGGACCAGGAGGACCUGGACAACCCCAUGCUGAAGACGGCGUCCGAGCUGCUCCUGUCCAGCGCCACAGACGGGGUGGACCUGCGCAGUGUGGACCCAGAGACACAGGUCAGGCUCGAGGCCCUGCUGGAGGCCGCAGGCAUCGGUAAACUGUCCACUGCGGACGGUAAAGCGUUCGCAGAUCCCGAGGUGCUGCGCCGGCUGACGUCGUCGGUGAGCUGCGCGCUGGACGAGGCCGCCGCCGCCCUCACGCGCAUGAGGGCCGAGAACACGCUCAACGCCGGCCAGGCCGACAAUCUGGUUAUUUUCAGCCGUAGCUUGGCAGAGGCCUGCUCCGACGGGGACGUCAACGCCGUGAGGAAGCUCCUGGACGAGGGCCGGAGCGUCAACGAGCACACAGAGGAGGGCGAGAGCUUGCUGUGCCUCGCCUGCUCCGCCGGAUACUACGAACUCGCACAGGUCCUGCUGGCCAUGCACGCCAAUGUGGAGGACCGGGGUAUCAAGGGGGACAUCACCCCCCUCAUGGCAGCAGCCAGCGGCGGCUACGUGGACAUAGUCAAACUGCUCCUGGUGCACGGGGCCGACGUCAACGCGCAGUCCUCCACAGGCAACACGGCGCUGACGUACGCGUGCGCGGGCGGCUUCGUGGACGUGGUGAAGGUGCUCCUUAAGGAGGGCGCCAACAUCGAGGACCACAACGAGAACGGCCACACGCCGCUGAUGGAGGCGGCCAGCGCCGGGCACGUGGAGGUGGCCCGCGUGCUGCUGGAGUACGGGGCCGGCAUCAACACCCACUCCAACGAGUUCAAGGAAAGCGCGCUUACGCUAGCCUGCUACAAAGGACACCUGGACAUGGUGCGCUUUCUGCUGGAGGCCGGGGCAGACCAGGAGCACAAGACAGACGAGAUGCACACCGCGCUGAUGGAGGCCUGCAUGGACGGGCACGUGGAGGUGGCGCGGCUGCUGUUGGACAGCGGGGCACAGGUCAACAUGCCGGCGGACUCAUUCGAGUCGCCGCUGACGCUGGCGGCCUGCGGGGGCCACGUGGAGCUGGCCGCCCUGCUCAUCGAGCGAGGGGCCAACCUGGAGGAGGUGAACGACGAGGGCUACACGCCCCUCAUGGAGGCGGCGCGGGAGGGGCACGAGGAGAUGGUGGCCCUGCUGCUGGCACAGGGUGCGAACAUCAACGCUCAGACGGAGGAGACGCAGGAGACGGCCCUGACGCUGGCCUGCUGCGGGGGCUUCCUGGAGGUGGCCGACUUCCUGAUCAAGGCGGGGGCGGACAUCGAGCUGGGCUGCUCCACGCCGCUCAUGGAGGCUGCGCAGGAGGGCCACCUGGAGCUCGUCAAGUACCUGCUGGCUGCAGGAGCGAACGUCCAUGCUACCACGGCAACGGGAGACACAGCGCUGACGUACGCGUGUGAGAACGGACAUACCGAUGUGGCGGACGUGCUGCUGCAGGCCGGGGCUGACUUGGAGCACGAGUCCGAGGGGGGGAGGACGCCCCUGAUGAAGGCAGCCAGAGCGGGGCACCUGUGCACUGUGCAGUUCUUAAUCAGCAAAGGUGCUAAUGUGAACAGAGCCACGGCCAACAACGACCACACGGUGGUGUCGCUGGCCUGUGCAGGGGGCCACCUGGCCGUGGUGGAGCUGCUGCUGGCCCACGGGGCCGACCCCACCCACAGACUGAAGGAUGGCUCCACCAUGCUCAUCGAAGCUGCUAAGGGCGGCCACACCAAUGUGGUGUCCUACCUGCUAGACUACCCAAACAACAUCCUCUCUGUCCCCGCGCCAGACCUGUCCCAGCUCACACCCCCCUCCCACGACACAUCUCAGGUUCCUCGUGUUCCAUUCCAAGCCCUGGCCAUGGUGGUGCCCCCCCAGGAGCCCGACAGAGUGCCCUCCACCAUCACGACCCCCCCUCCCGUCGCCAUCAAAGGCUCGUCCAAGCAGCGGCCGAGCCCCCUGCAGGGCGGCGCCGGUACUGCGGGCCGGCCGGACGCGGACGUGCUGCCCCCCUUCCACCCGUACCAGCCGCUGGAGUGCAUCGUGGAGGAGACGGAGGGCAAGCUGAACGAGCUGGGCCAGCGCAUCAGCGCCAUCGAGAAGGCCCAGCUGCAGUCGCUGGAGCUCAUCCAGGGCGAGCCGCUCACCAAAGACAAGAUCGAGGAGCUGAAGAAGAGCCGCGAGGAGCAGGUGCAGAAGAAGAAGAAGAUCCUGAAGGAGCUGCAGAAGGUGGAGCGGCAGCUGCAGCUCAAGACGCAGCAGCAGUUCACCAAAGAGUACAUGGAGGCCAAGGGGCUGAAGGACGACCCGGGGCAGGCCGGGGGGGCCCAGCCGCCCGGCGCCCUCCCGCCCCCGCGGCCGGCGCAGCCGGGCUCCGACACGGACGAGGAGGGCCGCUGCGGGGACGAGGACAGCCAGCCCUCCCCGGCCGACGAGGAGGAGGAGGAGGACGAAGAGGAGGACGAGGACGAAGAUGAUGAGGAGGAGGAGGAGGAGGAGGAGGAGGACGAGGAGGACGAGGACGAGGAGGAGGACUACCCCAAGCUCCCGCAGGUGGACACCAUCCUGUACAGAGACGUCCAGCCCCCGCCGCCGCCCCCUCCCCCGCAGGCCCCGCCCCCCCAGGGCCCCGGCCCCGCCCCCCUGCAGACGGGCUUCGUCCCCAUCCAGCCUCUGGCCGCGCAGCAGUCCACCGACUUCAGCGGCGCCGACUACCCCGGCAGCGCCAGCCCCGACCUGCAGAGGGUGCUGGUGAGCCAGCAGAUGCUGGGCCCGGGCCUCCUCGCCCAGGCCCCCGACGGCCUCAUGGUGGCCACGCCCGCGCAGACGCUCACAGACACGCUGGACGACAUCAUGGCUGCGGUGAGCAGCAGGGUGCCCAUGCUGAGCACUACGACCUCGCCCACGCCCCAGCCCGCCACCGCCCAGACGCCCGUCACCACCGUGUCCCCGCCCUCCAUGCUGCCCCUCUACCCCUCCGUGGACAUCGACGCACACACGGAGAGCAAUCACGACACCGCGCUAACGCUCGCCUGUGCCGGGGGCCACGAGGAGCUGGUGUCGGUGCUGAUUGCACGUGGGGCCAACAUCGAGCACCGGGACAAGAAGGGCUUUACCCCUCUGAUCCUGGCCGCCACUGCGGGUCACGUGGGCGUGGUGGAGGUCCUGCUGGAUAAGGGAGGAGACAUCGAGGCCCAGUCGGAGAGAACCAAAGACACGCCGCUCUCCCUGGCCUGCUCCGGGGGCCGACAAGAGGUGGUCGAGCUGCUGCUGCUGCGUGGGGCCAACAAGGAGCACCGCAACGUGUCGGACUACACCCCGCUCAGCCUGGCCGCCUCGGGCGGCUACGUCAACAUCAUCAAGAUCCUUCUCAACGCCGGCGCCGAGAUCAACUCCAGGACCGGGAGCAAGCUGGGGAUCUCUCCCCUGAUGCUGGCCGCCAUGAACGGCCACGUCCCCGCGGUCAAGCUGCUGCUGGACAUGGGCUCCGACAUCAACGCGCAGAUCGAGACCAACCGCAACACGGCGCUGACGCUGGCCUGCUUCCAGGGCCGCGCCGAGGUGGUCAGCCUGCUGCUGGACCGCAAGGCCAACGUGGAGCACCGGGCCAAGACCGGGCUGACCCCCCUGAUGGAGGCCGCGUCCGGAGGCUACGCCGAGGUGGGCCGCGUGCUGCUGGACAAGGGCGCGGACGUGAACGCUCCCCCCGUCCCCUCGUCCCGGGACACCGCCCUCACCAUCGCGGCCGACAAGGGCCACUACAAGUUCUGCGAGCUCCUCAUCAACAGGGGGGCGCACAUCGACGUGCGCAAUAAGAAGGGGAACACGCCGCUGUGGCUGGCGGCCAACGGCGGGCACUUCGACGUGGUGCAGCUCCUGGUGCAGGCGGGCGCCGACGUGGACGCCGCCGACAACCGCAAGAUCACCCCACUCAUGGCGGCCUUCCGCAAGGGUCACGUGAAAGUGGUGCAGUAUCUGGUGAAGGAAGUUAACCAGUUUCCCUCGGACAUCGAGUGCAUGAGAUACAUCGCCACCAUCGCAGACAAGGAGCUCUUGAAGAAGUGUCACCAGUGCAUGGAGACCAUCGUUAAAGCCAAAGACCAGCAGGCGGCCGAGGCCAACAAGAACGCCAGCAUCCUGCUGAAGGAGCUGGACCUGGAGAAGUCCAGGGAGGAGAGUAAGAAGCAGGCCCUGGCAGCCAAGCGCGAGAAGCGCAAGGAGAAACGCAAGAAGAAGAAGGAGGAGCAGAAGAGGAAGCAGGAAGAGGAGGAGGCGAAAAACAAGGAGGAGUUUUCGGGAAUGCAGGACCAGGAGAAGGAUUCUGCUGAGGAGGCUGAGGUGCCCAUUGAACCCCCCAGUGCCACCACCACCACCACCAUCGGCAUCUCGGCCACCUCCCCGACCUUCACCUGCGCCUUCGGCAAGAAGCGGGCCAACGUGGUGACCACGCCCAGCACCAACCGCAAGAACAAGAAGAACAAGACCAAGGACUCCCCGAGCGAGCCCAUCAUCCUGCAGGACCCCCAGGUGGCGCUGGCGCAGCAGAAGGCCGACAGGAACAAGAUCCACGGGGAGCCGCGGGGCGGCGGGGCGCCGGGGGGCAACAGCGACUCCGACAACCUGGACAGCGCCGACGGUAACAGCGAGAGCAGCAGCGGCGGCGGCGGCAAGAGCCAGGAGCUCAGCUACCUGCCCGACCUGGCCUCCUCCUCGUCCUCGUCUUCCUCCUCGUCCUCCUCUUCCUCGUCCUCCUCCUCGGCCCCCUCCGGCCCCGCCCACGCCCCACCCGCUCAGGAGAAGAGGCAGUGCCCCGCUCCGCACGGCUCCCGCGACGACAAGGUCACGGUCUCCAUCUCCAAACCCCAGCAGAAAAUGACAGACUGCGCUAAUGACUUGACUCCCAGCUCACUCCCCUCUUCCUUCAAGACGAUCUCACUGCCAGUGUCCUCGCCCAACGGAAAGAUGAACCUCACCAGCCCCAAGAGAGGCCAGAAGAGAGAGGAGGGGUGGAAGGAGGUGGUCCGGAGGUCUAAGAAGCUCUCGGUCCCGGCGUCGGUCGUGUCUCGGAUCAUGGGCAGAGGCGGCUGCAACAUCACUGCCAUCCAGGACGUGACGGGCGCGCACAUCGACGUGGACAAGCAGAAGGACAAGAACGGCGAGCGGAUGAUCACCAUCAGGGGUGGCACAGAGUCGACGCGGCACGCCGUUCAGCUGAUCAACGCGCUGAUCCAGGACCCCGCCAAAGAGCUGGAGGACCUGAUCCCCCGAAACCACAUCCGCACCCCGGGCGCCCACAAGGUGGGCUCGUCCUUCGCCUCGUCGGCGGGGUCGGGCGGCGGCGCGGCUGGCUCCAAGGGCCUGGCGUCCAUGCCGCCGUCGUCCACCGUGUCCUUCCAGACGGCCUCGUCCUCGGCGCCACAGCCGGCGGGGAAGCUGGGCAAGGGGCUGUCCUCGGGCGUGCGGCCGCCCUUCCCCGUCUCGCUGCCCCUGGCCUACGCCCACCCGCAGCUCGCCCUGCUGGCCGCGCAGACCAUGCACCAGAUCCGCCACCCGCGGCUGCCCAUGGCGCAGUUCGGCGGCACCUUCUCCCCGGCACCCAACACCUGGGGCCCCUUCCCGGUGCGGCCCGUCAGCCCGGGCAGCGCCAACAGCUCCCCGAAACACAACGGUAACGGGGCCGUGCGCCCCGGCGCCGCCCACGCCGAGUACCCGCCCCCCAGCGCCAACCCCGGCGCCCCCCUCGCAGCCUCGCCCCCCUCCGUCAGCGCCCAGUCCCAGCCCUGCCCGCCCAGCGCCCCCACCCCCUCCUCCGUGAGGAAGCAGCUGUUCACCGCCGAGCCCAAGACGGGCAGCAGCGCCGCGGCGGCCGCCACUGUGAGCAGCGCGUGCACCACGCGGGCGGCGGGCUCCCCCGCCCAACCGGCCACGCCCCCCACGCCUCCGCCUCCCCCGCCCAUCGCCCCGCCCGCGCAGCAGCCCCAACCCCCCAAACCUGAGCCCUGCGCCGCGGCCACGCCCGGGAAGGAGAAGCCCUCCCUGGAGCAGCCGCCCGUCGCAGCGGGAGGGGCGCCCGACGCCGUCAGCUCCGCGGGCUCCCUCCCCUUCCCGGCCCCGCCCGCGUCCCUGCCCCUCCCCUUCUCCUCCAGCGCCGAUCCAGCGCCCGCCGCGGCCCCGCCCAGCUCCAGCCUCCCCUCCUCCUGCCCCGCCCCCACCUGCGCCAGCUCUGUCACGCACACCAGCAACACCUUACCUCACUUGGCCGCCCCCGCGCCCCGCGUGUCCCACCGGAUGCAGCCGCCCGGCUCCUUCUUCCCGCUGCCGGAGCAGCAGUCGGUGUUCGUGCCCCUCAGCGCCCCGCAGGAGCCCCUGAAGCAGCAGCCGCAGCCCGGCGCGGCCCCGCCCGCCUCCCUGCAGGCCUCCUCCGCCGUGGGCGUCAUGAACGGCUCCCAGGUGCACCUCCACGGCGGCAAGGGCCAGCUCCCCCCCAACUUCGGCCCCGCCGCCCUCUUCAACCAUUUCGGCAGCAUCUUCGACAGCAACCAGGUGGGCAGCAGCCAGGUGUGGGGGGCGUGCCACCUCCCCGCCCGCACCCCGCCCGAGCAGCCCUACAGCGCCCCGUCGGCCUUCAUGGGCAUGGGGCAGAUGGAGGGCGUGAUGCCCCCUCCGGACGGCUCCAAGGCACCUGGCUACCGCUCCGCCUCUCAGAGGAUGGUCACCAGUCCCAUAGCCGUGCACCCAUUGGACCCCUCGGGCACCUCCAUCUCCGCCUCCUCCGCGGCGCUGACGAGCUUCGCCACCAGCAUCUCGGGAAGCCCGGUGUACCUGCCGGGCCCCGCCCCCGUGGGCACGCCCUCCUUCAGCCGCCAGCACUUCUCCCCCCACCCCUGGAGCGCCUCUACUUCCUGUGAGUCCCCGGUGCCCUCGGCCUCGUCGGGAGCCUCCUCCCCGCUGUCGGUGUCCGCCGCCGCCCCUCCCCUGAUCCAGGCCAAGCCCAGCAGCUCCAGCCAGCAGGACCGCAAGGUCCCGCCGCCCAUCGGCACCGAGCGCCUGGCCCGCAUCCGGCAGACGGGCUCCGUCAACCCCGCGCUGCUCACCACCAGCUACACCGCGCCCGUCGGCCAGGGCGGCAUCUGGUCCUUCGGCGUGGGCAGUGCCUCCGAGGCCAUGUCGGGCUGGUCGCAGCCCCUGGUGAGCAGCCACAUGCUGCACCAGCAGCUGCCGGAGCAGUCGGCCUUCUCCCAGCACCAGCCCAUGGAGCAGGACGACACCGGCAUCGUGGCGCCUUCCAACACCUUCCACCAGCCCGUGCCCAGCAGCUUCAUGGACUUCCCCAAGGGUAUGCCACUGUCGAUGUAUGGUGGGACAAUGAUCCCUCCCCAUCCCCCGAUGGCUGAGGGGCCGGGGGCCCCGAUAUACAACGGCCUCCACGCCGCUGACCCCGCCUGGAACCCCAUCCUCAAGGUCGUCCCAAACUCCGCAGAGAACUCAGACCCCCAGCAGGUCUGGCCUGGUACUUGGGCCCCACAUAUCGGAAAUGUGCCCCUGAACCAUGUCAACUGAACACCAGAAUGAUCGAGGCAUAUGACCAGUAAAAGAAACAUGAAUUUUUAAUGAACAAGAUAAUUGCAAUGAUAAUGUUAACCUAGCAAGUGUCCUAAAAGAGAUAAGAAUCGGAAGGAUGGACACCAUUUUUGAUGUGCCUAACUAAACAGGAGAAUUCAGUGUGGGCUGUUACUUGUUUACCACUGUCCAUGAACAAAAUUGAUUGCCUGUUCAACAGGAUACAACCUCUGCGUGUAGAAUAGCCAUUUUGACUUUAAAACCCCACAUAAACUGUUCUUGGUCUGCAGGGCUCAACAGAACUGUAAGCUAUUUAUACUCAGACAAGAACUAGAUGAUUACAUAAAAACAUAAAUCAGACCUUUUAGAGUGGUAAAUACAUGUAUAAUUGUUUACAUACUAAAAAGGGUUAAAAUGAGAGUAAAUUUCAUGUCGUAUAGUGGCUCUACUUUAUGUAGCCUGUAUUAAUGUGAAAUAUUUACCUUAAUAUUCAAUAAAAAGA